CGGUGGCGGGACAGGGGUGCAGCCGGGCUGUCCGCGGGACGGGGCGCCGGGGCACCGGGGGCAGCCGCGGAUCCCGGGCGGGCAGCGGGCGGCUCCCGCUGGGCAGGGCCCGGCCUCGGCCCCAAAACAUCCGGCUGGGCCGGCUCGGCGCUGCCUCGCCCCGCGCUGCCGCGUCCUGCCCGCGUCCUGCCCGCGUCCUGCUCGUGUCCUGCCCUUGCCGUACCCGUGUCCUGCCUGCCGUGUCCCCUCCUUGCCAUGUGUCCCCUCCCUGCCGUGGGUCCUCUCUGUGCUGUGUCUCCCCUCCUUGCCAUAUGUCCCCUCCCUGCCGUGCGUCCCCUGCCCACCUCUGACCGCGAGUUCCCUCCCGCAGGAGAUGGAGCUGGAGCCCCGGGGAAACGGCCUGGAGUAAGUGGGGGACAGCCUGCGGGGGGGUGUGCAGACAGGGGACAGGCAGGGGACAGGCAGGGGACAGGCAGGGGGCUGUCCCCGCUCAGCCCCUCUCCCGCCAGGCCGGUGGGACACUAUGAAGAGAUCGAGAUUUCCGAGAGCAGCGUCAACAAUGGCCCCGAGCACAUCGGCCCGCACUGCUUCGAGCUGCUCCGCGUCCUGGGCAAGGGCGGCUACGGCAAGGUGUUCCAGGUGCGCAAAGUGCAGGGCACCAACACGGGCAAGAUCUUCGCCAUGAAGGUCCUGAAGAAGGUAGGGGCGCCCCGGCCCCCCCAGCCCCCCCGGGGACCCCUCCCGCUCACCGCCUCCCCCCCAGGCCAAGAUCGCCUGCAACGCCAAGGACACGGCGCACACCCGGGCCGAGAGGAACAUCCUGGAGGCCGUCAAGCACCCCUUCAUCGUCGACCUCAUCUACGCCUUCCAGACGGGCGGCAAGCUCUACCUCAUCCUGGAGUGCCUCAGCGCUUCUACCUGAGCGAGAUCACGCUGGCCCUGGGUCACCUGCAUUCCCAUGGGAUCAUCUACCGGGACCUUAAGCCAGAGAAUAUCAUGCUCAAUAGCCAAGGUCACAUCAAGCUGACGGACUUUGGGCUGUGCAAGGAGUCCAUCCACGACGGGGCCGUCACCCACACCUUCUGCGGCACCAUCGAGUACAUGGCCCCCGAGAUCCUGGUGCGGAGCGGGCACAACCGGGCGGUGGACUGGUGGAGCCUGGGCGCCCUGAUGUACGACAUGCUCACCGGAUCGCCGCCGUUCACUGCCGAGAACCGCAAGAAGACUAUCGACAAGAUCCUCAAAGGGAAGCUGGUGCUGCCGCCCUACCUGACACCCGACGCUCGUGACCUCCUCAAGAAGUUCCUGAAGCGGAACCCCAGCCAGAGGGUUGGGGGGGGCCCCGGUGACGCGGCCGAUGUGCAGAAACAGCCUUUCUUCCGCCACAUCAACUGGGAGGACCUGCUGGCGCGCAGGCUGGACCCCCCCUUCAAACCCUGCCUGCAGUCGGAGGAGGACGUGAGCCAGUUCGACACCCGCUUCACCCGCCAGACCCCUGUGGACAGCCCUGACGACGCUGCCAUCAGCGAGAGCGCCAACCAGGCCUUCCUGGGCUUCACCUACGUGGCCCCCUCGGUGCUGGAGAGCAUCAAGGAGGGGUUCUCCUUCCAGCCCAAGGUGCGCUCCCCCCGCCGCCUCAACAGCAGCCCCCGCACCCCCGUCAGCCCUGUGAAGUUCUCCCCCUUCGAGGCGUUCAAGCCGGUGGCCCCAGGCGACCCCAUGGAGCUGGGGCCCCCCCAGGCCCCCCCACCUGAGGGCACGGCCCCCCUGCCCAUCAAACCCUCGGGCGGGGCCAAGAAGCAGAAGGGGGGCCGGGGCCGGGUGCCCAGGUAGGGGUGGGGAGGGUGGGGGGUUCUGGGGGGGGCCUGGUGCUCCCCAUGGGGUGGGGGGAACCCCACGGUGCUGCCUGUGCUCCGGGGGGCUCGUCCCCCUCCGGCACAGCCCCCUGCCCACCGGGUUUGGGGGCACGGGGAGAACCCCCAGGGGUGUGGCCCCGUGGGCGUGGCCUUUUGGGGUGUGGCCCCUCUGGGGGCACGGCCUUUGGGGUGUGGCCCCCUGGGGCGUGGCCCUGCUGCUGGAUGUGUGCCAAUUAAAGGACUUGCUGAGGC